AUGGCAAUCCGUCGCCUGUUUUCAACAUCCAUUGCAUCAGCGGGCACGCCUAGCGUGCCUAAAUUCAAAAAAUUCGCCAUUUACAGAUGGAAUCCAGAGACCCCCGACGUUAAGCCGAGAAUGCAGGAGUAUCAAGUGGAUCUUGGUAAGUGCGGCCCCAUGGUUCUUGAUGCGCUAAUUGCAAUCAAGGAUCAACAGGACCAAACAUUGACCUUCAGAAGGUCUUGUCGAGAAGGCAUUUGUGGGUCUUGCGCAAUGAACAUCGACGGUAGCAACACGCUUGCUUGUAUUUGUAAAAUCAACACUGACGAUUUGGGAAAGGACAUGAAGAUAUAUCCACUUCCACACAUGCAUGUGAUUAAAGACCUGGUUCCGGAUUUGAGCCAUUUUUACAAGCAGUAUCAGAUGAUUGAGCCCUUUUUGAAGAAAAAAACGCCACCCACUCUGGAUACCAAGGAAAACCUUCAAUCCAUCGAGGAGAGAAAAAAACUUGAUGGCCUGUACGAGUGCAUCCUUUGUGCGUGUUGCUCCACGUCUUGCCCCAGUUACUGGUGGAAUUCUGACAAGUAUCUGGGGCCGGCAGUCCUCAUGCAAGCAUAUCGCUGGAUGAUCGAUUCCAGAGACGAUUUUGCAAGGGAAAGAAGAGCCGCUUUACAGGACCCUUUCUCGGUGUUUAGAUGCCAUACAAUUAUGAACUGUGCAAAAUCCUGCCCCAAGGGCUUGAACCCUGGAAAAGCUAUUGCCCUAUUGAAGAAAGACAUGUUUUCAGACUCAAUAAAUUAG